UCAAAACGUAUUCGAGAGGCGAGGAGGAGCUCCUCGAGGAGAAUUAGAGAAUUGAAAAGGGAAUUUGUCCCUUUUCCGGUGAUUGUUUUGGUUGGCUCGCGAUUGGUUUCCGAGAAAAAAGUGGAUCUUGAAUCUUGGGAGGACGAGAAGAAGGCAAAAGCUUUCCCCUCUCUGGAGAUUCAGCAGAACAAGGUUGAAGGAAGAAGGAGAAGAGAGACAGAGAUACGGGUCGGGUGUGUGUGGGUUUGUAGCUGCCUGCCUGCUGGCGGGCUAGUU